AAUGCCCCGCGUCCUCCUGAUAAGAAAACAUGGCGGCAUUUCCUAUUUUGAUGUGUCUCUGAACUUUUCUCUUUUGUAUAAAAUAAAAUUGCGUUGUUUCCUUCUAUCGUUUCCGUUUUAAUGUUGAUAAACUUUAUAGCUUUGUAGCUUCCCUUAUUUGUGGCACUUUUCAGCCCAAGUUUUAGAUUAACGGAAAUCGCGAAAAGUCUUGCCGUCGCCCGAGAGAAGUCUGCUCUGCAAUGAAGGAGGCAAUUUCCCUGGUGCAUAAACUCAGCGCACACCCGGACUCUCGGUGCUGGUUCGUCAGCUGGAGCCCGAACGGGGCGCUGCUGGCCUCGUGUGGUGGCGAUAAGGCCAUCCGGAUAUGGGGACAGGAAGGUGACUCUUGGGUUUGUAAAAACGUUCUGCAAGACGGACACCAGCGCACUGUGAGGAAAGUAGCCUGGUCUCCCUGUGGGAAUUAUCUGGCCUCCGCCAGCUUCGACGCAACAACAUGCAUCUGGAAGAAGAAGAAUGAUGACUUUGAGAGCCUAACUGUGUUGGAAGGUCAUGAAAACGAGGUCAAAUGCGUGGCGUGGGCUCCUUCAGGGACUUUGUUGGCCACUUGUAGCCGAGACAAAAGUGUCUGGGUUUGGGAAGUGGAUGAAGAAGAUGAAUAUGAGUGUGUUACAGUUGUGAACUCUCACACACAAGAUGUCAAGCAUGUUGUUUGGCAUCCCACCCAAGAGCUCUUGGCUUCUGCCAGUUACGACAACAACAUCUGCAUUUACAAGGAGGAGGACGACGACUGGGAGUGCCGGGCCACUCUGCAGGGACACACGUCCACCGUCUGGAGUUUGUGUUUCGACGCGACAGGACAGAGGUUGGCGUCUUGCAGUGACGACCGCACUGUGAAGAUUUGGAAGGAGUAUCCAACUGAGGCUGGCCAAGGUGAUCUGUCAUGGAAGUGUGUUUGCACUCUGUCUGGUUAUCAUGGACGGACGGUGUACGAUAUCGCCUGGUGCCGACUGACCGGUGCCCUAGCAACUGCCUGUGGCGACGAUGGCAUACGAGUGUUUAAGGAGGAUCUCACGGCCCAUGCAGACGAGCCGGUGUUCUCGCUGGCUGCUCAAGUGAAGAAGGCUCACAGCCAGGAUGUGAACUGCGUCGCCUGGAACCCAAAGGAGGCCGGCCUCCUGGCGUCCUGCAGCGAUGACGGAGACAUUGCAAUUUGGAGGUUUCAAGAAGAAGACUGAACCUGCUGUGGAGACGUCAGGAAUCAGAUACAAGCCUAUGUUCAACAUUUAUGUGCACAAAACUGUUAAUGUUUUCUUUUCUUUAGCUAUAUAAAGUCAUGCAAAUACAGUUUUCUUUAUGAAUCCAAAUGAUUAUAACAUUUUAUGUUCUAUUUUUUUAUUCACAGAAGUGACUGGUGUGCUGGUUAACUGUUUUGAGUCUUAAGAAAAAUUGAUAACUGCACUUGUUUUCAAGUUUGGUUUAAAUGACUACUUGUGCUCAGAAUAAUGCUCAGUGUCUGAAUUUGUACAAGUAUGCAGUGAACACAGCAUAUGAUUAUUUCAGGUUACACUGACAUUUUAUACUGGAAUGUUUAAAUUGUCCCUGGGUGUAAAUGUGCUUGUUGCCCUGCGAUGGACUAGUAAACCUGGCAACAGCUGGGAUAGGCUCCAGCAUCCCCAUGACCCAGAAAUGGCUUAAGUGGGUUUGAAGAAACGGAUACUUUCACACCACUAUC